AGAUAGAACAUUUUCUUCUUCGGAGAACAUAUUAUUUCCCUCUUUCCCUGCUAUCGAUGUAUGUAUACAGUUUUUACAUCAAAAUACUCAUUUUACUUCAAAUAUUUCUAUUCAUUUUAGCAAAUAAACUUAUUUCGUCGACGACUAGGCGAUCUUGAAGAUGAAGCAAGACGUUAUAAAGCAGAAACACAACGUUUAGCAUCAGAAAUCGCACGUUUACAAAAUGAAAUUCAAAAUGAAACAUUUGUCAAAUCAUCAUUAGAUACAGAAAAAAUGGCAUUGGAAGACGAAUUAGCCAUGUUAAAACAAAUGCAUGAAGCUGACUUGAAUGAAUUACGUUCAAAAACAGUUGUUGAUGUCAAUUUGGAUCCAUCACAUUUUUUCAGAAAUGAAUUAGCACAAGCGAUACGUGACAUACGAAAUGAAUUUGAAGCAUUGAAUGAUCAGCAACGUGCUGAUUUACAUAACCGUUAUAUGAUGUCUUAUAAUGAAUUGAUUCUUCGUCAUCAAAAACCAGACUUGGAUCCAAUUCAAAGUGAACAACAACGUGUACAAGAAGAAAAAUUACGUACAACACUAUUAUCGACAAGAAAUGAAGUAGCACAUAUGAAAGCUAGAAAUGAAGAAUUAAAUAAUAGAAUUAGAGAAUUACAAGUACAUAUUGAUCAAGAACGUGAUGAAGGUGGACGUAUUGUUCAAAAACGAGCGGCUGAAAUCGAUGAAUUAAGACGAAAAUUAGAACAACUUCAAAAAGAGUACGAUGAAGUAACAACAAUGAAAACAUCUUUGGAAAAAGAAAUAAACACUUAUCGAGAGUUAUUAGAAGGAACCAAUAAUCGUGAAGGUUUGAAACAGAUUGUUGACCAUGUUGUGGAAGAAGCAAGACGUUUGGAAUCGGAAAGAGCGGCCAGCAGCUCGACCAAUGUGGUGGGUUCAAUUGGUUAUGGUGGUGGAAGAUCUUCAACAAUCCAACGAACAUUUAUUACUACACAAAGUACAGGAGGAUCAUCAAGCGGAAUCAGUGGAUUGAUUUCAGGCGGUGCUCGAUCAUCGGGUUUUGGAAGUGGCAGUGGAUUUAGUUCAGGUGGUGCUGGGCAAGGCUAUUCAACAUCUGUUCGUCGUGAAUUUUCAUCGUCAUCUCAACAACAAUAA